AUGGGCAACGUUAAUGUUAAUGCCAACGACAUGCAAGCCAGGGUAGUCAUGCAAAUACAGCAGCAGCUCAAUAUGAGUAACCCGAGCUCCCAAAUGGCUGCUAUUCGACACCUUCAACAACAACAGCAGCAAGACAUGCUUGCCCAACAAUUUCAGAACAUGAGUGCUACUAGUGACAAUAGAGCUCCCAUGGAUAUGCAACUCAGCCCUGCGCAGCUCCAUCAGCUCCGGCAACUGAGGCAACAAGAUGCCGCCGCCGAGUCUAAUCCCGACGUCGGCUCAACAGAGACCCUUCUACUUGCAUCCCAGCAACAGCAGUAG